AAUCGGAUCUGUGGCUUUCUAGACAUAGAGGAAAUGGAGAAUAGCGGCAAAUUUUUACGUCGCUACUUCAUUCUGGACACAACGGAGGGCAGCCUGGUGUGGUACAUGGAUAACCCUCAGAAUCUUCCAGAAGGAACAUCCAAUGUCGGCUCCCUCAAACUAACAUAUAUAUCCAAGGUGCCGAAGUCAGGAGAGCAGGUGGCUCAUAAUAUAACAGAAGCUUGUGUGGACACAUCGGGUGCCAUGAAACAAGUGUCCUACAAGACCGAAAUCAUUGCAGGAGUGCCCAUCAUCACCACCACACAGGAGAAGGGCGAGGAUCAGAAUGGUGCAGACAGGAGCGGGCAGAGGAAACCUCCCAGUCAGCUGCCGUAUUACUUGAGCCGGAGUAACCAAGACCAGUCAGUCAUUAAAGCUGGAUAUUGUGUCAAACAGGGAGGUGUGGUGAGUAAGAAGUGA